AAUAGGACUACAACCUAAUUUUCCACUGAAGGGGGGGAUUCUUUCUUGAAGUGAACACAUAGGCAAUUGAUAAGUUGUAAAGGCACUGGGAAAGAGAACAGUUAGCUCAGGGGCGAAAGUGCUUUCAUAAUAACGAUUCCAACAGUUGAUUUGAGUCGCUACAUGCUUCAUUGCAGCGAAAGCGGUUAAGUUGUUCGGCGUGUCCGUUACGCCAGGUGUUAGUGGGAGGAAAAUGCCAUCUUUUUCAUGGAGGCUUUGGCUUGGCCUGGUUCUGAUCCUCCCAUCUUCGCUGGCGGCGGACGAAGAGUCGUCGCUGCUGCAGGACUGGCAUGACAUGUGGCUGUUCCGCUUCUUCCUCAACGUGCUAGGCUACACCACCAUCAUCAUCCCCGGCUACUUCCUCAUCACCUACUUGAAGAGGAUCAACUACCUCCAAACAGGUGUGGAUGAUCUACAAACUGGCCGAGGCAUUUGCUAUCCUGUCAUAAAAGCCUGUGUGUUUGGAAGUGAAUCGAAGACAGGUCUCCUAGACGACGUGUCGCUAGCUCCCAGAAAUGACGCGGACCCUGGCUCGUCGGCCAGACAAGCCUUCAAGUUAGUCUUCUGCGCUGCAGGACUUCAGGUGUCCUACCUGACAUGGGGUGUCCUACAGGAGAGGGUGAUGACUCGCUCGUACGGUGCUUCCACCCCAGAGGAGGAGGGCGAACACUUCAAGGACUCCCAGUUCCUGGUGUUCAUGAACCGUAUCCUGGCACUGACCGUGUCAGGCCUGUGGUGUGUCCUGUUCAAGCAGCCUCGCCACGGCGCACCUAUGUACAAGUACUCAUUUGCCUCGCUCUCCAACGUCCUCAGCAGCUGGUGCCAGUACGAGGCCCUCAAGUACAUCAGCUUCCCCACCCAGGUGCUGGCCAAGGCCUCUAAAGUGAUCCCUGUCAUGCUCAUGGGCAAGAUUGUGUCACACAAGAGCUAUGAGUACUGGGAGUACCUGACGGCGGCACUCAUCUCUCUGGGUGUCAGCAUGUUCUUGUUGACGAGCACGGCCGAUAAGCACCCAUCUACGGUCACAACGUUCAGCGGCGUGGUCAUCUUGGGUGGCUACAUCGUCUUCGACAGCUUCACGUCCAACUGGCAGGACAACCUGUUCAAGCACAAGAUGUCAUCUGUGCAGAUGAUGUUCGGCGUCAACCUCUUCUCCUGCCUCUUCACCGUGGGCUCGCUGCUGGAGCAGGGCGCCUUCUUCGACUCGCUGGCCUUCAUGACGCGCCACUCGGAGUUUGCAUUCCAUGCCGUGCUGCUGUCGGUGUGCUCGGCGUGCGGCCAGCUCUUCAUCUUCUACACCAUCGCGCAGUUCGGCGCCGCCGUCUUCACCAUCAUCAUGACCCUGCGGCAGGCCAUCGCCAUCCUGCUCUCCUGUUUCCUGUACGGCCACGCCGUCACCAUGGUGGGGGGCUUUGGCAUGGCCGUGGUCUUCCUCGCCCUCUUCCUGCGUGUCUACGCCCGCAGCCGCAUGAAGGCGGGACGCAAGGUACCGCAGCCACAGGUGCAGAAGGUCUAGGAGGAGGAGUUGGAGGGAACUGGAAAAUGAACUAAAGCCACGUUUUCGGUGGCGCUUUUUCCCGUCUGUGUGUCCAGUUUGACUUUUUUUAAGUGUUCAUUUUAUGGGUUUCUACUUUGUAUAGAAAAGGUACAGAAAGGGAUUCGAAUGCCUUUUCAAGGUGUUUGACUUGACACGAACCGAGCUGUUGUCAGAGGUCAUUCGGCUAAAGCAAUCAGCAGUCACUGGCGUUUUAAAUUACACGGCAACCGUCGCUUGUCCAUUUGUGUAUCUGAAACCCAGCUCAAAAGUAUACCACAUUUGGCAUGUGAAAUGUAAAUAACUGAUAAUGGCUGACGCCUUUUGAUUUCUGCCUCCGUGAUAUCCUUCUGGAGCAGCACUCAGAACAUACAUUUGACAUUUGAGGUGAAGUGUUGGCAUUAGCGCUAGGACAUGAGCUGUGUACUGCAAGACUCCAGCUCUUGGUAAUGUAACAUUGCGAAUGGCACCAUACUAAGUGAUUUAUAAGGCCUCUAUGAAAAGUUACUUUGACAGUGAGAGAACAUGAGAUAUUGUGGUGAGCAGAGCAGGGGAUCAUCUCUGUGUAGAUACUGUAUCAAUUUUGUUUAAAAACGAUGUCAUUAUUGCAUUGUUCUACUUUUUGGACAUGGCAUGAGAGAAAUAUUCUGUGAUCAUUACUAGUCAAUGAUCAGGCAAUUCUGCUUGAAUAUUUUAUUUCUUCUGUAUAAAGAAGAUUCACUUUGGGCAGUGUUCUGACUUGAGAUCUGCCCACUUAACUUACGUUUUUGCAGAAGUCAACCAUUGACAUGAAUGAAGGAUUUACGCGGAUGUUCGAGCUGUGCAAACCCAGAUCUCAAGUCAAAAUACAGAUCAUAGAAAGUUGAUGUUUUUUGUCCCUCAUGGCUUACCAGAGUGUCUGAUAAGGAAUGUUACUGAUAGUGUCCCCACAGAGAACUAAACCAUUUUCCUCACAGCAUCACAAGAACAAAUGCGCAGCUUACCAGCAAACCAUCAAAAAUAACUUUGCAGCAGUUAAUGUUCUAUUUUAUAUGGAACUGGGACUGUCACACACACAGUGCCUACGGGAAGUGUUCAGACCACUUGACUUUUUCCACAUUUUCUUACGUUACAGCCUAUUCUAAAAUGUAUUACAUUGUUUUCUUCCCUCCUCAAUCUACACACAAUAUCACCAUUAUGUCAAAGCAAAAACGGGUUUUUAGAAUUGUUUGCAAAUGUAAUUAAACAAAAUAUUAAAAUAUUUACGUAAGUUUGCAGACCCUGUUCAUUCAUGCACCUAAGCUCAAUUUCGAGCCUCAUAGCAAAGGGUCUGAAUACUUAGGUAAAUAAGGUAUUUCUGUUUUUAAAGUUGUAUAAAUAUGCAAACAUUUCUAAAAAACUGUUUUCGCUUUGUAAUUAUAGGGUAUUGUGUGUAGAUUGACGAGAAAAAAAUCUAUUUAAUCAAUUUUAGAAUAAGGCUAACGUGACAAUGUGGAAAAAGGCAAGGGAUUUGAAUACUUUCCGAUGCAGUGUGGGUGUUGGGCAUCUUGAAUAAGCAUCUGUUGACCGAUCUUAUUUUUUAAUAGGACACACUAACGUUGGGUCAUGCAAAAGACAAUUUACUGUCAAAUGCCAGCAAGAGUUGCAGCCAGACGGAUUUAUUCGAACUUCAGCUUUUGGAACAUUCAGCCUGCACAAUUAUUUGCUCUCUGCUUUGUUAGUUUAGGAUUCAACUCAGCAAACCAUAAUUAUAUAUUUGAUUAGCAUAAAUGCCAUAAAUCUUUAUGCUGUAUGUUAAGUAUUGUGGCAUUCAUUUAGUGGCCUGGCUGACCCAGGGAGUGUGUGUGGGGAGGGGAGGACUUCCAGUUUGCUUAGCCAGGCAAAUUAAUCAGCGCUAUGUAUAUAAACUAAUUAUCAUUAAUUGAUACACUAUAUGUUUACAUACAGUACCAGUUAAGUUUGGACACACCUACUCAUUCAAGGGUUUUACUUAAUUUUUUAUUAUUUUCUACAUUGUAGAAUAAUAGUGAAGACAUCUAAACUAAGAAAUAAAACACACUACCGUUCAAAACUUUGUGGUCACUUAGACAUUUACUUGUUUUUGAAAGAAAAGCAACAAAAGGCCUAUUAUCAGCAACCAUCACUCGUGUGUU